AUGUCGUCCUUGGCUUCACAAACACCCAUUGCCAUAAUCGGAGCUGGGCCAGGAGGUCUAACCCUUGCACGUUUACUCCAAGUGCAUGACAUCAAUUACAUUGUAUACGAGCGAGAUGUUGACCCCAAGCCGCGAUACAUCAAUCAAGGAGGCACUUUGGACAUCCAUGCCUCAUCAGGACAACUUGCACUGAAGGAAGGGGGAAUCUUUGACCAGUUCAAAAGCAUUGCCCGUUGGGAAGGUUCUAGAGUUUGCAUGCAGAACCCAUCCGGUACGCUCAAGUCGGUGUUUGGACAGGACCGCGAUGCACCUGAGAUUGAUCGUCUACAACUUCGUCAGAUGCUGCUUGAUUCUAUUCCAACUGAUAAUAUCAGAUGGGGACAUGGUAUCAAAAGUGUUCAGAAGGGGGCUACACCUGCCGAACACGUUGUCAACUUUGACAACGGUACCUCCGCGUCUGGUUUCCGUCUAAUUGUUGGCUGUGAUGGAGCGUGGAGUAAAGUUCGACCUCUUGUAACCUCAGCCAAGCCCGAGUACUCCGGAAAGGUGUUUAUCGAGGGAAGUAUUUCUCGUGAUAACCCUAGUUAUGCAGCGGCUGUUGAAGACGCCGGGCCUGGUGCAUUGCUAGCAAUGGGACAGCGCAAGAUGCUUGCAGUUCAGCAACUAUCUGACCAUUCUUAUCGCUUUUAUGUCGGAAUGGAUGCCCCUGAGGAUGCAUAUAAGAAACACCUGACCGCGGAUGAUACCGACAAGACACGCAGGGAUUUUCUAUCAUCAUCAGGAUUCUUUGCGAAUUGGGCCCCAGAGCUCAAGAAUUACAUUGCCAACGCCGAAGGUCCGUUUCACGCGUGGCCUUUAUAUCGAUUGCCAGUUUCCUCCCUUGCGUGGAAUCGUGUUCCAGGUAUUACACUUCUGGGAGACGCUGCUCAUGUUUCUACUCCUCUCGUUGGUGAAGGCGUGAACAUGGCGAUGCUCGACGCACUGAUGUUGUCAAAAGCUAUCAUCAAGUGCAACAGCAGAGCUGAUAUUAAAGAGUCUGAAGAAGUAAAAUUGGAGAACGCCCUUGAGGAAUAUGAGAAGGAAAUGCUGGAGCGUGGUCUAGAUCACAUUUCGAGGUGCAUGGCCCGUGAAGAGGAAUUCUUUUCCGAAAAUUCUGCUGAAGACUUUAUCAACAUGAUCAAUGCUACGAUGGGGAACGGUAAAGAAUAG